UUUUGUAGUGAUACUGUUUAAAUAAUAGCAUGGAUAGUGAAAAAAUAAAGGAAGCUAAAGCUCCACCAUCUGCCAUUAAAAACUUUAUAGCAGGUGGGGCUGGAGGUGUAUGUUUGGUGAUUACAGGUCAGCCAUUGGACACAAUAAAGGUGAGGUUGCAGACACAAGUUAAAGGUUCAAAUGUAUACACUGGGACAUGGGACUGUGCUAAAAAAACCAUUCAAAAAGAGGGAUUUCGGGGCUUAUACAAAGGCAUGGCUACGCCACUUAUUGGAGUUACUCCAAUUUAUGCAAUUUGCUUUUUUGGGUUUGGCAUUGGUAAAAAGUUACAAACAACUGACCCUAACCAAGAAUUGAGCCUUCCGCAAAUAUUUAAUGCUGGUUUACUGUCAGGUGUUUUCACCACAGUUAUAAUGACACCAGGAGAAAGGAUUAAAUGUCUAUUACAGAUUCAAUCUGGUGAUCCUAAAAAUUCAAAGUACAAUGGAGCUUGGGACUGUGCAAAAAAAGUUUAUAAAGAAGAGGGUCUGUUUCGCGGCAUCUACAAAGGAACUGGUGCUACAUUACUGCGAGAUGUACCUGCAAGUGGUGCUUAUUUUAUGGGAUAUGAAAUGCUAUUAAGAUAUCUUGCUCCUGAAGGAGAAAGAGAUAAACUGAGUGUAUUACGCACGCUAGCAGCUGGAGGUUGUGCUGGUAUAUUAAAUUGGAUUGUUGCAAUUGGUCCUGAUACAUUAAAAUCUCGUUUUCAAACAGCUCCAAUAGGCCAAUACACUGGAGUAGUUGAUGUUUUUACGCAAAUGGUUCGUAAAGAAGGUUUUUUAUCUCUGUUUAAAGGCUUGACACCCGUAAUGCUCAGAGCUUUUCCGGCUAAUGCGGCUUGUUUUCUCGGGUACGAGGUUGCAAUGAAUGCGUUAAACAAAAUUGUACCAAAUUGGUAAAACUUUUUGAUAAAAGUUUUUGUUCAGACCGUAGCCAAAUUUUUUAUUUUGAUUCAAUAUAUUUUUUAUAAAAUAAAGUAUUUGAGACAAAAUACAUGAAGGUGCAAUCUAGUUUGGUAGAUAUAUUAAAAUAAAUUUCGAUGUGUCACGUGCUACAGUAAAACCAAAGUCUUCGUAACUUUUUUUAUUAAAACUGUUUAAAUGUAUUUUGAAUGGUUCGAGUUAAAGUAAUCAUUUUUUA